UAGAUAGCAUUACAUCAACAUUCAACAUCUGCUGUUCGAAUACAGUCUUUGUAAUUUCUUGUCUGUGGACUGUGAGGCGCUGAGACUGUGAAAUAAGUAAUAACUACUAACUAGUGAGUAGUAACUACUAAGUACUAACUAGUAACUACGAAAUAACUUAACACUCUUAAUUAAGAGUAGUUAAAAUUAAUUUCCCAGGCUUGUAAUGUGUAUUUAUUGUACGACAAAUGUUUUAAAUUAAAAAAGAAAUCACUUUCUAAUAUGGCCCUAUCGAGUUAUAAACUGUUGCAAAAUCUUAAAAAUUCGGCAAACUACCAGCGUCUAAAUACUAAUGACGACAUGGAAUGGGGAUGGGACACCUUAGAAUCAACUGCUGAUGCAAAUAUAUCAGACGACACUUUUAAUGUUUUGAUCCAUCCAAACUCUAGCCGGGGUACUGGAGCAGUUCGUGGUGAUAAGCCAUUUGUGCCUGGUCAUAUCUACUAUUGGGAAAUCAAAGUGGAUGGCUCACCGAUGGCCACCGACAUGAUAGUUGGUGUUGGUACAAAAGAUUUCGACUUGGAAAGCUCUAAAAACGAAUUUACCAGUCUCAUAGGAUCAGAUAAAAAAUCAUGGGGAUAUUCAUAUAAAGGGGUCAAACACCAUGAUGGAGAAACUUUGAUCUAUGGUCAGAAAUAUGAUCAGGGUGAUGCAUUGAUUGGAGUUCGAUUAGACAUGUCCAGAGGGACUUUGGAAUUUUUCCUUAAUAGAGUUCCAUUAGGUGUGGCUUUUGAAAAACUGGAUAAUGUAAAUCUUUACCCUAUGGUGUGCUCCACUGCAUGCAGAACUAAUUUCACAAUAAAAUACUGUCGUUCAUUACCAGUAAACCUGCAAUUUUAUUGUUUGCAAGCUUUUGACUCUAGUAAGAAUCCAUUAGUACCAUUUGGUAUUAUGAAAAUGAUAAUGGACUCUUGGUGGAUUCCUAAAUCAUUUUCAACAUAACUCAUAAUACAACUUAAGAUUUUCUGAUUAUAUUUUUAUUUUAUUUUUAAGAUUGUUAUUAAUGUUAUUUAUUUUGUAGAAAACUUAGUACUUAAGAAAUGUAUGCAUUUAAGUAUAAAUAAGUAGUGUUUUUCACAAUUUGCAUGCAUAUAUCUGAUUAUGAAU